CGGGAGGGCGGAAUCUACGCUGCUCUUUCUGUGGAGGCCACGGCGCGCAGAGCCUGGCGAGCUCGCGGCUGCAUACGCGCUGGAACUGGCCGGCGUGCAGGGCUUCUUGGGUAUGCGGGCUUUGGAGCUUCGGUGGAAGUGAGGAUCGCCGAGGCAGUAGCUGUGACUACGGAUCCAGAUGUACACAGCAGAUGUGAAAGCCAGGCUGGCGUCCUUGGAGAUGAAGGUCUGGAGCUGGGACCCCCGGUCACGGGCUUGAAUGGGGGUCUGAACCAGGCUGCCCACCCCAAGAACAUGACAACAGCCCAGGAUGGCCAUGGGCAGGGUGCCACAGCCACUUGUUCAGCCUCCAACCCGAAGGCCCCCAAAAUGGUAACAUCCUCAGUAUGUCAGAAUGGAAACUGCAAAAGCAGCCCCAGCAGCGACCCGGAGGCUGUGGAAAUCAGGCCCAGCCCUUCCAAGCUGGUGCGUCUUUUCUCUGGGAGUCGGAAGAGGAUGAAUGACCACUCGGAGAGGCCUCGCUCGGUGGUUCUCGUGGGGAAUUCCUCCACGUGGAAUGCCCUGGCCUCCUUCCGUAAAAUGGGAUCUUUUAAAAGACUAAAAUCCUCUGUCCUUCAAGGAAUUCAGAACCGGGAGGCGGCAGAUAUUUCCAAGGAAGAACCAUCAGGAGACCCCGGAAGGACUGCUCCCAAUGGCACCAUCACUAUCUUGGGAAAGGGCUUGCGCAGGUACCCAUCCUUAGGGCCUGCAGGGGAUGGGACUGGGUCUGACUGUUCGGAUCCUGAGGACACGGAGGAUGCCUUCCAGAGGAGCACGCACCGUUCACGCAGCAUUCGCAGGGCCUAUGGCCUAGGCCGCAUCAGCCUGAUGGACCUGGGGCGGCAGCCAGCACCGGAGCCCGCCCUGUGUGAGAUCCACGUGAGCAACCCUGAGCCCAGUGGCGCUGUCCCUCAACCACGCAGAAGCAAGAGCAUUGACAGCUUGAGCGUCCUGAAGAGCUCCUUCAAGCGCAAGUCUGCAUCCAACCUCACAGAACUGCCAGGCGACAGGCAGGUUCCCCCCAGGACCCUUAGCAGCUCAUCCACUGACUCAGAGAAGCCCGGUGGCUCCCAGAGGAGGACCAGACGCUGGAGGAGCCCCAUCCGCGCCAAGGACUUUGACCGAGUCUUAAGACUGGUGAGCAACGUCAAGGAUGCGGCCUGGAAGAGGGAGGCCCCCAGGAGUGCAGCCUCUAGCCCCGGCCCAGGGGAUGUGAAUCCACCACUGGGGCCACGCAGCAAGCUACACGAUGACUACUCGCGCCGCACCAGCAGCAGCGUGGAGCCAGAUUCCAGGCGUGGUGGCCCUUUGUCCACACCCUGUGUCCCGGCACUAUGUACUGUUACACCCAGUGUAGCUCAAGAACCCCACCUAGAUGUGGACACUGCAGUAUUCCCCCUGGAAACCAAAAGUGCUCAGCCCCUGGGAAAAGAUGAACCUCGUGCCCGCAGUCCCUCACCAAGUCUCACAGACCCAGAAGGGUUGAGCCAAGCCUCCAAUGAGGCAACUGCUGGCAGCCAGCUUCCCUUUGACCCUGUGCAGCUUCCCACCCCUCUGAGGCCCACCACGCCCAAGCCCCAAAGCCCUCAGAGCCCAGGGAGUACUAAAUGUCCCAGUAGUGUAAGUGUGCUGUCCCUCAGUUCAGCGGACAGUGAAGAAAGGACAGAGGAUGCUGCCCACAGGCAGCUGGGACCCGUGCCCCUGCAGGAUACUGUGCGCACCACGGCCGGUGAUGAGGGAGGAGAAAGCAGUGACAGCCAUUUCCCCAUGAAUCUCAAUGGGGCGGCCAGUCCGGAAGAGAGGAAGGAGGAGGUGGUGAAUGAAGAUGACUGGCAGCAGGGCUCAGCCCAGGAGGAGGAGCAGACUGAGGUGCCUCGCAUCUCUAGGAGGAGCUGGGGCUCAGGAAGGCACACCCGGCCACGGCCACUGUCUGACUAUGGUCAACUGGCCAGCAGAAGCUUGUCCAUUCCUGAAGAUGCCAUUGCUACAGACCCUCCAGAUGACAACCACGUGGACAGGAUGCACCCAUCAAGAGUGACCACCACCAGCCAGCAUCCACAUGCCCCCUCGGGCUGUUCCAGGGGGGGCCGGAGAAGGCGACCUAUAUCUGUGAUUGGAGGGGUCAGCUUCUAUGGCAACACCCAGGCAGAGGAUGUGGAGAACCUCUUGGUCCAACCAGCAGCCAGGCCUCCGGUGCCUGCACACCAGGUUCCACCCUACAAGGCAGUAUCUGCCCGCCUACGGCCCUUCACCUUUUCCCAGAGCACUCCCAUCGGGCUGGACCGUGUGGGGCGCCGACGGCAGAUGAAAGCAUCCAAUGUCUCUUCAGAUGGAGGUGCAGAGUCUUCGGCCUUAGUGGAUGACAACGGUAGUGAGGAAGACUUCAGCUAUGAAGAGCUCUGCCAGGCCAACCCUCGGUACCUGCAGCCGGGCGGGGAGCAGCUGGCCAUCAAUGAGCUCAUCAGCGAUGGCAGCGUGGUCUGUGCAGAAGCACUGUGGGACCAUGUGACCAUGGACGACCAGGAACUGGGCUUCAAGGCUGGGGAUGUCAUCCAGGUCCUGGAAGCCUCUAACAAAGACUGGUGGUGGGGCCGGAAUGAAGACAAAGAGGCCUGGUUCCCUGCAAGCUUUGUUAGGCUUCGAGUCAAUCAGGAGGAGCUGCCCGAGAGCUGCAGCAGCUCCCCUGGGGAAGAGCAGGACGAGGACACCAGCAAGGCCCGCCACAAGCACGCCGAGAGCCAGCAGCAGAUGCGCACCAACGUCAUCCAGGAGAUCAUGAACACCGAGCGAGUAUACAUCAAGCACCUCAAGGACAUCUGUGAGGGUUAUAUCCGACAGUGUCGUAAGCACACGGGCAUGUUCACGGUUGCGCAGCUAGCCACUAUUUUUGGAAACAUUGAAGACAUUUACAAAUUCCAAAGAAAGUUUCUGAAAGACCUUGAGAAACAGUACAACAAAGAGGAACCUCACUCAAGUGAAAUAGGAUCCUGCUUCCUUCAACACCAAGAGGGCUUUGCCAUCUACUCGGAGUACUGCAACAACCACCCGGGUGCCUGUGUGGAGCUGUCCAACCUCAUGAAGCAGAGCAAGUACCGGCACUUCUUCGAGGCCUGUCGCCUGCUCCAGCAAAUGAUUGACAUCGCCUUGGACGGCUUCCUCCUCACGCCUGUGCAGAAGAUCUGCAAAUACCCGCUGCAGCUGGCUGAGCUGCUCAAGUACACCACACAGGAGCACAGCGAUUACAACAAUAUAAAGGCAGCUUAUGAGGCCAUGAAGAAUGUGGCCUGCUUGAUCAAUGAACGCAAACGCAAGCUGGAGAGUAUCGACAAGAUUGCCCGCUGGCAGGUGUCCAUCGUAGGCUGGGAGGGCCUGGACAUUCUAGAGCGAAGCUCCGAGUUGAUUCAUUCGGGGGAACUGACCAAAAUCACCAGGCAGGGUAAGAGCCAGCAGCGGAUCUUCUUCCUGUUCGACCACCAGCUGGUGUCCUGCAAGAAGGACCUGCUGCGCAGGGACAUGCUCUACUACAAGGGCCGCAUGGACAUGGACGAGGUGGAGCUUGUGGAUGUGGAGGAUGGGCGGGACAAAGACUGGAACCUCAGCAUGCGGAAUGCCUUCAAACUGGUCAGCAGAGCCACAGAUGAGGUGCACCUGUUCUGCGCCAGAAAGCAAGAAGACAAGGCGAGGUGGCUGCAGGCCUACGCAGACGAGAGGCAGCGGGUACAGGAGGACCAGCAGAUGGGAAUGGAAAUCCCAGAAAAUCAAAAGAAACUCGCCAUGUUGAAUGCUCAGAAGGCUGGACAUGGGAAAUCUAAAGGCUACAGCAGCUGCCCCGUGGCCCCACCCCACCAGAGCCUGCCGCCUGUUCACCAGCGCCACAUCACGGUGCCUACCAGCAUCCCACAGCAGCAAGUCUUUGCCUUGGCUGAGCCCAAGAGGAAGCCGUCACUCUUCUGGCACACCUUUCACAAACUCACCCCCUUCAGGAAGUGAGCCUCACUCAGUGUGCCCCUGAGCUACUGUGGGAGGAAGGCCAGUUUUGUCUCUUCAGUGUGGUGUCCAGGCAUGGCCUCUUGCUCGGGACUGAACACUUCUUUUGGGAAUCAAUAAAAAAGAAGGAAUAGGACUCACCUCUGAUCUUGAGAGAUGCCAGUGCCCUUGUGGCAAGGAGGAGGGGGCCAUGAAACACUGCACUGUCCCACACCGGAAGCCAAGGUGCACCCUCGGCUGGCCAGGAUGCAAAGACCAGGGUCUCUCUCUGCAUGGGGACUGCUGACUUGGUGACCCUGAGAUUUUGCCACUGAUGGCCCCACUCCCACUGCAGUUCCGGACAGUACCAAGAGCCUUUCAGUCCCCUGGGAGCAACUGCAGUAAGGGUGGCUUCUGUGUUUGAUCUUAAGGAACUCAUUGACGGAGAUUGAUAGGAUGUUGGCAGCCAUAGGAUGGCCUGGGUCAGGUCAGGCCUGGGAGAGACAAUGAAGGACCUAGAGCUGCUGGGCAGGCACCCACAGUUCCCCAAGGUGUAGCAGGUGCCAAGCAAGAGUGUAAGUUUCAUCUUGGAAGGUUCCUUACUCACAAACUAGGGAGAGACGGGAGGCACCUAUCACCUUGGCAACGUGGGACAUAUAGCAUCCUCAAAGCAGUGCUGCUUUCCUGGCCAGUGGGGAGGGCACUGCCAACUCGUUUGUCUCUCUGACCGAUUCAAGCAGAGGUCACAACCUAAGAAGCAAGCGUCCAUUCACAGAAACAGUGGCGAUGCGAGAAUUCUUGCAGGUUUGGUAACAUGAUAAUAUGGACCUGUGCAUCUUCAGCAGCCAUUUGUCAGGUCUUCAUCAGUAAGACGGUGGAGACACCUCUGUCACAUGACCCUGAAAGAGCCGAGCAUGACUGUGCCCGCUGGAGAUUGGUUUUGAUGACUCCUUAGCUCUGAGAAAGCUGUCUGUUAAUAAAGGCCACAGGGGCUGACACCUGCAGAGAGUAAGCCCCCUUUGUUGAUGUUGUGGAGUUUAUUGAAAAUGCCUUUAACUAGAUCUAAGGAAGACUGGUUCUACAUUUGAAUCUACACAGUGAGCUGGCCAGGCAGGGGUCCUGCUAUGCAGCUCAUGGUUUCUUUUGGACAUGUGUGUUCUUGGGUGCUGUUCCUGCAAGGUUCUCCUCUCUCAUCAGCCCUUGCUUAAGAACAAACACGUCUGCAGUGUUAGAGAUGAAGGUUUGGUCCAUCAGCACAGUUCCUCUACUCUGUCCCCAUAUGUAGAGCUAUGCUGAAGCAAGUGACUUCACAGCAAAUAACCUUGACCCUGGGCGUGGGAUUAGCCACAGCACUGCUGGGGAUUGUGGUCAGUGGCCUCACAGCUAUUUCUAUGUGUCAUGAAGUGAUUCAGUGCACAGAACUGUUCAGUGCAUGGUGUUCAGUGUGUGUGUGUGUGUGUGUGUGUGUGUGUAAGAGAGAGUGAGAGAGAGGGAACACUUAGAUACAUGCCUUAGCGUAGCUGCAUUUAUAUAACUGACAGGUUGUUUUUGUUUUUUACUAAUAGAAUGCAAUGAUAUAUUUGGAAAUUAUACUAAGUGUGCUUUCUCUGCUACACUGUGUAUGUGCAGCAGUGCUGUGUUGUUAAUAUGAAAAUUGCUUUUAAGGAAGUGAAGAGAGUCUUUCGGUCCUGUUCAUUUUCACUGAGGGUUCAACUUGAGUCUCACUGCAGAAUUCAUUUGCUGUUACAACUAACGACAGUGAAGAAGUAAUACAUUGAGUCUGUGACCAGUCCUAAUGUAGUUCCCAGCUGCCCUAACUUCCGGCUCCCACCUACCUCCUGAGACCUGCUAACAAUCCCUAACAUCAGGAUGUGUUUGCAUUGAGUCACGUUCAAGACCUGGGCUGGCCCCAGGCAAUUUUAUACAGUAUAAGACGUGUUUGACCAAAUGUCUGUCCAGAUGAAUCUUAUUUGGGAUUUCUGGGUGAGUUUGAAAACUAAUGUGUUUUUAAAAGCUAUACUAGCCUUUGACUUUGUAAAAAAAAAAAAAAAAAAAUCUGUAUGUCUGUAUAAAUUUUAUUACCAAAUACUGAGUUCUACAAAAAGUCGAAGAUCUUGAGUUAAUAUUACAUUCAGUUUUCCAAACCUCCUUCUUGGUUUAAGGCAUGUGCUCUAUUUUGAAGGAAAAAAAAAAGAAAAGCUGUUGCCCAAAUGGAGUCUGAUGCUCACAAACAACAUUCCCUCCCUCUCCCUGAAUGGGCCAAAAAAGACUAGUGAUUUCAAUUUUAAUGAUUUCAUUUGUUCUGUCUUUAGUGGUCCAGAAUUUGUCAGCUCUGUUGAUAGAGUUGAGAAGGCCUACCUGGUUUAGAUUAUACCUAUAUGUAUAGCCACCACAUGGUAGGUGAAGAGUGUGGUCGUAAAUAAUACUUGAAAGUCUAGAGAAAGAAGGAGCAUUCCAGGCUCUGUCCAAGAAGUAAAGGAGAGUGGCAGACAGUGAGUCGAGGCUCUUAAGAGAUGCCACCUCUUAGAUGCGUCAUCUGUUCCGAUUCCCCUCUCCGAAUGGUAGUUCUGCUUCUGCAGGUGAGAACUGUCACCAGUAUGGAAUGCCAUCUCUAAAUACUGUGCCUUUUAAUAUCCAAGCCAUUCAAGAAUGAUUCCACAUCCUACGUUGCUGUUCUUACACACAAAGCAAAAAUGUAUUUAACUGGAAAUUCGGUUCACAAUGGAAAUCUUUUUGUAAGCUCCAGCAAUCCAGCAUCAUGUACAUGUGGAGAUCUGUACCUGAAUGUUUCCUAGGACACAUCAGUCCUGUUUCCAGCCACAGCUUCCACAUUGUGGCUUCAUCACGGAUAGGAAAAGCAGAAGUGUCCUUCAAGCCAGUGCCAAGAAGUGAGUCAAUGUCUUCAAAGCCGCUCAAAGCCAGGAUGCUGGGUACAGAGUGCCCACAAAUGACUUCUUCUCAGGAGCCAUGGAAAGGGGAGUUCGAAAGACAUAGGACAAAAUAGGUAGAAACUUCUAGCUAGUCUUAGAGGGGGGAAAUCAACGUAUAUAAUGUAUGUAAAUUUGCUUAGCCAUCCCACUUCAUUAUUGCCUUUAUGUUCUCCUAGGCAUUGCCAUUUAUAUUUAGAAAAUACUUUGAGCAGCUUCUGUAAUUUAAUAGUUGGUCCAUUUCUUUGUGUACAUAUUGGUGCCCACUGAGCAUGACUUGCUGACUGAGCUUCUUGGCUAUUCUGUUGGUGAUAACUAACCCAUAUCGGGGUGCUGGCGUCUGUGUAAGUCAAGUGCUGUCCCUGAGAUGGUGAGUCGGCCUUGACCCUGAAAUAGGACGUGUACAAGACGUGCAUUUUUGCUAAAUGAAGGGUUUUUUGUUAUUGUUGUUGUUUUUUUAAUAGUUAUUUGAUUUCUUGUAAAUGCUGUGAAUCUCUAUUUGUCAUUUUGUAUCUGUAUAUUAAAAUAAUUUGCCACACUG